AUUAUUUUUAAAUUUCUCUAGCCGGAACAAGCAGACCACUCCGUCUUCUUCUCCGUCUCCAUCCUCCUUUUCUCCGCAAAAUGUACCCAAGUUUUCCAACAAUUCUCUAGCCUCUAAAACCCCCAGACCUCUCUCUCUCAUGUCUAAAACCCUUCUCUGUCUUAUCAAAUCCAAAGCCAAACCCACUCCUCCCUCUAAACCCUCUCUUAAACCCCGCAUCAACAACCUCGUCAAAGAUAUCUUAGAGGUCCUCCAUACCCACAACCAAUGGGAAGAAAACCUCCAAACCCGAUUCUCCGAAUCCGAGGUUCUCGCAUCCGAUGUUGCCCAUUUAGUGCUCGAUCGAAUUCGUGAUGUUGAAUUGGGUCUAAAGUUCUUCGAUUGGGUCUCCAGAGGACAGUAUUCUGGUCCCAUAAAUGGGUUUGCGUAUUCUUCGCUUUUGAAACUCUUGGCGAGGUCGAGAGUGUUCUCGGAGAUGGAAGUUGUGUUGGAGAAUAUGAGAGUUGAAGAAAUGUCACCAACCCGGGAAGCGAUGAGCAUUGUAAUUCAAGCUUAUUCAGAUUCUGGGUUGGUUGAGAAAGCUCUUGAAUUAUACUAUUUUGUGCUUAAAACGUACACUUAUUUUCCGGACGUAAUAGCUUGUAACUCGUUGCUUAACAUGCUCGUGAAACUUGGUAGGAUUGAAAUUGCGCGCAAGUUGUAUGAUGAAAUGCUUGAGAUAGAUGGUGCUGGAGAUAGAUGUGUUGAUAAUUAUAGUACUUGUAUAAUGGUGAAGGGUCUUUGUAAGGAGGGGAAACUUGAGGAGGGUAGAAAGUUGAUAGAAGAUAGGUGGGGACAGGGUUGCAUACCAAAUAUUAUCUUUUACAAUACACUUAUUGAUGGGUAUUGCAAGAAAGGUGACAUGGAAAUGGCUAAUGGGUUGUUCAUAGAGUUGAAAUUGAAAGGGUUCUUGCCAACUGUGGAAACUUAUGGGGCCAUUAUAAAUGGAUUUUGCAAGAAGGGGGAUUUUAAGGCCAUUGAUAGGCUUUUAAUGGAAAUGAAUUCAAGGGGUUUGACAGUUAAUGUUCAAGUUUAUAAUACUAUUAUUGAUGCUAGAUAUAAGCACGGUCACAUUGUUAAGGCAGUGGAGACCAUAGAAGGUAUGAUUGAAUGUGGUUGUAAGCCGGAUAUUGUGACGUAUAAUACUCUAAUUUCUGGUUCAUGCAGGGAUGGUAAGGUCUCGGAAGCUGAUCAACUUCUAGAGCAGGCAUUAGGGAAGGGAUUGAUGCCAAAUAAAUUUAGUUAUACUCCGCUUAUACAUGCCUAUUGUAAACAGGGAGGAUAUGACAGGGCUUCAAAUUGGCUCAUUGAGAUGACAGAAAGAGGACAUAAACCUGACUUGGUUACUUAUGGAGCUCUGGUUCAUGGCCUUGUUGUAGCUGGUGAGGUUGAUGUUGCAUUGACUAUUCGAGAAAAGAUGCUGGAAAGAGGAGUGUUCCCUGAUGCGGGUAUUUACAACAUCUUGAUGAGUGGUCUUUGCAAGAAAUUUAAGCUUCCUGCAGCUAAGCUGCUGCUUGCCGAGAUGCUUGACCAAAGUGUUCUACCUGAUGCAUUUGUUUAUGCCACUCUAGUGGAUGGGUUCAUUAGAAAUGGCAACCUAGAUGAGGCAAGGAAGCUAUUUGAGCUCACAAUUGAAAAGGGCAUGAAUCCUGGCAUUGUUGGGUACAACGCCAUGAUUAAGGGCUACUGUAAGUUUGGAAUGAUGAAGGAUGCUAUGGCAUGCAUCAAUAGAAUGAAGAAACGACACCUUGCUCCAGAUGAGUUCACUUAUUCCACUGUAAUAGAUGGGUAUGUAAAGCAGCAUGACUUAGAUGGUGCACAGAAGAUGUUUAGAGAGAUGGUGAAAAUGAAAUGCAAGCCAAAUGUGGUUACUUACACCUCUCUGAUUAAUGGGUUUUGCCGCAAGGGAGACUUACAUCGAUCCCUAAAAAUUUUCAGAGAGAUGCAAGCUUGUGGUUUGGUGCCCAAUGUGGUUACAUACAGUAUUCUUAUUGGGAGCUUUUGUAAGGAGGCUAAACUUAUAGAUGCAGCCUCCUUUUUUGAAGAGAUGCUCAUGAACAAGUGUGUUCCUAAUGAUGUUACCUUCAAUUAUCUUGUAAAUGGGUUCUCAAAAAAUGGAACUCGUGCAAUUUCUGAGAAAGGAAAUGAGUUUCAAGAGAAUAAGCAGUCCAUGUUUCUGAAUUUUUUUGGAAGAAUGAUAUCAGAUGGAUGGGCUCCAAGGUCUGCUGCUUAUAAUUCCAUCCUUAUUUGCCUUUGCCAAUAUGGAAUGUUCAGAACUGCAUUGCAGUUGAGCAACAAAAUGACAAGCAAGGGCUGCAUUCCAGAUUCUGUUUCUUUUGUUGCCCUGCUACAUGGUGUUUGCUUGGAAGGGAGAUCAAAGGAAUGGAAAAAUAUUGUUUCUUGCAAUUUGAAUGAGAGGGAGCUCCAAAUUGCAGUCAAUUACUCAUCGAUUUUAGACCAGUACUUGCCUCAAGGAACAUCUGAGGCUUCAGUGAUUUUGCAGACAAUGUUUGAAGAAUGCCAAUCUCAUAGCAAAGUAGGGGACAAUAUCCAAGUCUCAGUAAGUUAGGGGAAUGAGGGGAGCUCAAAAACCUCACUUGGUUCAUCUACAAACUGAAGAAUGGGUGCUUACAUGAAAUGAUGGGGGUAUGAUGAAAAAUUAAUAUCCUAUCCUCUUAAUACUUCAGAGUUCCUCUUUUUAUCUCAUUAGGCCCAUGGAAAAAUCAUCCAAAUAUAUUUUCAUCUGGCCUUCUGUCAGUGAAACCCUAAAUUCAAUAUGGCCUUUGUCAUCCAUUCAGCUGCCAAAUUCAUGCAGUUCCUUCAUGUUUAUUGCUGCUUAUGCAGACAUUUUGAUGCCUUUCAAGUGCAAACAAAUUAAAAGCUGGUAGUUUAGUAAUCAACUAUAUUUGCACGAUACUAAAGCAGGAGUGACAUUACUUUUGAGGAAUGGACUGGAUUCCUCCGAAGACCAUUGUAGAUACGCUGAAUAUUGCAUUUUGGGGGCAUGCCAGAGGCAAAUUUUAUGGCUAAGUCAUUUGUCUGUCUUUGGUUUGAGCAAUCUGGCUUGAGAGGAAUACCAGAUUUUGUGAGCAUAGGUGGAGGCCUAUGGUGGCAUUGUGAGAUGCUGUCAGCUUUCCAUUUUCCUUUUGGAUUUCAGUUACGGAUGCCUUCUCUGGCGUUCAAUUGAGUUUGAAGUUGCUCCAAUGAUGCCUUUCUUAUUCUUCCAAGAACCAGUGUUGUGGAGGUGCAAGCUGAUGAGUGAAAACCAUGUCCAACUAGUGUUCUCAAGUUUAAACUUUGACAGUUGCUAUUCAACAACCUGGGAAGAACGGAAAUUAUGAGAGCAAUCAAAGAUCAUGAGGGUGCAUCAAGGCUUUUUCCAUGCAUGCUAAGUUAGGUUCAGCCAUUUGUGACACAGAUUCAGGCCCUUGUGGAAUCCUUGCAUUUUUGGUUCAAUCUUUGGGAUUGUCCAACCUACCACUGGAUGAAGGUUCUAAUACUGUUAUUUCCUUGGUUGUUUAAGGAAAAGCUGUGACUCUUGAAGCAUGAUAUGUGGUUGCAGCAGAUCAUGGAUCUAGCUAUAUUUUGGGAGCACUUCUAUUGGAAUCCCUGCUCAGCUGAUCAGGUAGCAGAUUGACUAGCCAAGUGUAAAGCCUUAAAAUUACAUUUUUUUUGCUGGGGAAUUUUGACCUCCAUCUGUAGCUGCCAUUUUUGUGUCUUGUAACUGGUGGUAGUUGCCAGUUGCAUUUCCUUACUUUUCUUUGUUUAGCUUCUCUACUGUAUGGUCAGAUUUUGAAUUUUACAGAGAAUAGCUCAAUCAUUUAUUGUACAUCCUUUUGCCAGUCAAUGAAGGAUAUUGUUUGGUGGGUCA